CAGGCAUCGAAGUCAACUUGCAGAGUGCUAUCAUUGCAUUUCUGGGUUCCUGUGGGUGCAUAUUGUCACGGACAAAGGCAAGGCCUGGCUCGCGUCAUUGGUAGCGCUAACACCAACUUGACCUACGAUCGCAACUUUCGACAUGGGCCGGCAAGUGCUUUGUGACGCUUAUGGAAGCCUCAAGCCUCAACAACCAGAGAUUGCAGCACUGCUGAGCUCAAGCCCUCCUACUUCCCUGCCUAGCGAGGAGGAAGUUGCCAGCUGUCUGAAUGGCAUCCCUGGGCCUGAGAGCCUUGCACGCUUGGCGCUGAACCGCUGGUCACGGAGUCUCGGAUUGGCUGGGCAUCAGGACAUUUUGAACGCAUUCAUCAAGCUUUACGCGAGCGAGUCUAGCUCGGAGCUGAAGCCGGCAGCGAAGGCUUUCCUUGAGGACGUUCGAGGCAGGCUGUUGCAGCUGGUGCGGGACAGCCUCGGGAAGUUCGGAGCUGUGGAGGGCGCAGUGUAUGAUGAGGUGUACGGAGAGAACGCGGACAAGAGCACCAUUCCCGCGUACCUGCCGGUCGUCUCGCACUUCCAGCUGCACUUCCAUGACAUCCCCAACGACAAGUCCCUGCACGCCGCCUGGGCCAAGUGCCUCGCCGACUGCGGCGCCCAGCAGCUGGCGGCCCAGGACGAUUCCGCCGCCGAGCUGGGCGCCAGCGCCGCCCGCCGUGCGCUGGUGUACCUGCUGUCCAUGGGGGAGGACAUCGCCUUCCUGCGGCUGGCGCAGGUGCUGCUGCACGGCGCAUGCGAGUUUGUGUUUGAGUGAGCGGGUUUGUGUGUUCGAGUGAGGUGGGAACCGGUAAGUGGCGUUGCAAGGAGGAUGAGCGGGGGCAGGGUGGAGCCCCAGGGGUGGAGCCUGAAAGGAGUCACAACGGGGUGCCGCCUGAGCCUGAGGAUGAGGGGAAGGAGGAGGAGCUGCAGCUGCGGUGAAGAGGUGUGUACGGAAGCGGUUUCGGAGCGGCAGCUGUGUGUGGGAUUGGGGGGCGUGUGAUGUAGGGCGGGUAGAGUGGAAGGCCACUGGGAUGAAGGCGUGCAUGUGGUCAUUGUGGAUGCAUGUAUGUGGUUGGUUAGCUGAUGUAUGGCGCGAAAAGAUCCAAGAGAGGCUUUUGCUGUUGCUUGCUGCCGGAGGGGGGGACAGUGGCGUUAGUGGCCCAAGGUGCGACAUGGAGAGGGGCUCUGCGCGCGCGGGGUUCUGUGUCCGAGCGCGUGAUUCGCGUUACUUGACAUGCCUUUUGGGGACGCGAGGGAGAGGAAGCGGACGCUGUGACCAGACCGCGUGCGGCAGGGAGACGCAUGGUGAGCGGGUUGUCGGGUGUAGGGACCGGCUGCUGUUGCUGUCGUGCACACAUGGCAAGCAGCGUGGGAGAGGUGUUAGGCGGCUGGCGGGCGGGAGUUGUGUCAUGGUGUUCGGCUGACACGAUACGCACGGCAUGUGAGGUUUCGGUCAACGCUGAAUGUGGAUCCGGAUUUAGCGCCGAUAGAAUUGAAGGCUGUUGGCAUACGUGAUGUUUCGCGCCCAUGAAUGGCUACAAGCGCCAUGAAGUAUGAAGGAACUUCAACUGGUGAUACCUAGUUCCCCAUUAACCUGAGCCCUCAUCACAUGUAACACCCAUGUCGCGAACCACGGGUCGCAAUUUUGGCAUCAGCCACAGCACGCAUCCGCUCCCAUGGUUGUAAGUGUGUCGGGGACGGCGUGCGAUGCAAAGGAGAAUCUGGC